GGCUUCCCAUUGCUUCACAUUGACCACCGACCUUUUUUUAUUUUUGCAAUGACGAUCCUUCCUCUGAACUCGACGCCAGGGAGGAGCACACCGAACCAGAGCUCAAAUGCAUCCUACUUUCCUGCACAGGGCGGGCUGACCAUCGGUCUUCCCAGCGACGGAUUCGGUCGGAGGAAAUCAGAUGGCGGCAGUAGACGAGUUCAUGGAAACCUGCAUGGGUCCAGCGGCGGGAUAACAAGCUUUAUGCCCUUGUUUCUGAGGCGACUAUUCAGGUUCCCCCACAUGGAUUUCCAGUUUGCAUUAUGGCAGAUGGCUUAUCUCUGCAUAUCGCCAAGGAUAGUAUAUCGGAACAUUCAUUACCACAAACAGACCAAGAAUCAAUGGGCACGAGACGAUCCAGCAUUCAUGGUGAUUCUAUCAGGGAUUUUGAGUUGCUCGGCGAUCGCUUGGGGAUUGGUAUAUGGACAUGGAAUGACGGGCAUCCUUCGGAUGAUGCUAUAUAUGGUCUUUGUCGACUUCGUGGUUAUUGGAGUGAUUGUUGCGACGGUCUGCUGGACUAUCGCAAACAGAUUUCUUGCAAGGGCAAGCGUCUACUCAACAGAUCAGUCGGUCGAAUGGCAGUACGCAUUCGACAUCCAUUGCAACGCGUUCAUGCCGGUGAUCGCGCUGCUGUAUAUCAUCCAGAUGGUGUUUAUGAAGAUCCUGGCCAAGGACUUUUGGAUUUGCGCGAUGCUCGGUAACACGUUGUACAUGACUGCGAUCGUUUAUUACUGCUACAUCACCUUCUUGGGGUACAAUGCAUUGCCAUUCCUGAGGCAUCCAGAGAUGUUCUUAUAUCCGAUUACGAUCUUUGUUAUCCUCUAUGUUCUGGCUUUGAUCUUUGGAGUGAACAUCAGCUCCAAGGUUCUUGCAUUGUAUUUUGGAUGAGAUCAAUUGAAAAAGAAGGAAAAAAAUAGGACAGCUGGUAGACGUCCCUUGUCGGCUUUCUUCGAUAGGCAGGACACGCUUGAAGAUCCAUGAGAAGACAAAAUAAAGCUGUAACAUUAAUUGAG